AUGGCGGCGGCUGUUGCUGUCAUGGCAACAACUACAACACCGGCUGUCACUAAACGACAUGGGUUCUCCAUCGAAUCGCUCAUCGGCACUUCGGACUCUACACCUUCAACAGCAUCAACUGUAUCUACUCCGCCAAGACCUUUUCCUAUGAGGCCAGUGCUCACCAGGGAGCUAGUGAGAGAGGACAGACAUACAGACAGAGGAAGGACAGAGAGGCUGGAGCACAGUGACAAAGAUGUCGAGGAUUUUCGUGAGAAAGAAUACAGCAACAGGGAAAAAGAGCUGGACGUGUUGAGGGAUAGAGAGAUUUUGUUUGAUUCCAUGAGGGAUCGAGACUUCAGAGACAUGAGAGACAGAGAGCGGAGCAGAGACAGGGUCAUGCGUGACGCCAGAGAUACCAGAGACGGAUGUGGGUCGAGCCCUCACCUUCAGAGACAUUCACUUAGGUCUACCUCUCCGCCAAGUCCCCGAACAGACAAAUCUCUGACACCCGAGACAGAGAAUAGACUAAGUAUGUGGCCAGGGGAGGAGUUCAAACAUCUUCUAGACAACAUUCACAACGGCCAGCUGGACGCUGCCGGACUCUACCAACCUCUCAGGGUGUGUAACAGGACAUUGGCCUCCAUGGGAAGCAUGCAUGGCCCAGGGAGCUCACCCAAUGCCCUCGGGGUUGCCAUGUCACAUCAUUUCUCCCACCUGCCUAUCAAUCCGUUGUUGUACAAUCUGCCACGUGAUCUCACACAUCCACCACACCCCCUUCUGACUCCCAGAUACCCCAGCUUCAUGCACCCAAGAUACCCAAUCGGACCACCUCCAGGACUUUUAUUCCAUCCGUACCGGAAGCCAAAGAGAAACAGAACCGCUUUCUCACCCUCACAGCUGCUGCAGUUGGAGCAGGCCUUCGAGAAAAACCACUACGUGGUCGGCCAGGAGAGGAAGGCUUUGGCAGCUAAACUGCAGCUCACGGAAACACAGGUGAAGGUCUGGUUCCAGAAUCGCCGCACGAAACACAAGAGAAUGAAAGCGGAAGAAGAUGGGGGUUCGUCCGGAUCUCAAGUGGAGGGUCAGGACGGAGAUGACGGCAAAGCUGGAGACGGAGGCGAGUUCUCCGGGUAUUCAGAUCACAACGAAGAAGAUGAACAGUGCAGUGAAGAAGAAGAAGAAGAGGAACUGUCUGUGACAGAGGACUGUUAG